AAAAAAGCAAGCGUUACAUUUUGAAAAGAAAGUUUUUUGAGAGUAGUAAGAAGAAUUAGAAUCUCCACACAAAUGGUGCUCCAACAACAAACGCAUUUUCUCACAAAGAAGACAGAUCAAGAAGAAGAAGAAGAAAAACCUUCUCAUGAUUUCAUUUUCCUAUCUAAGCUUCCUGAUAUCUUCAUCCCCAAUCACCUCCCUCUCACUGAUUACGUCUUCCACAAAUUCUCUGGCGAUGGCGACGGCGAUUCCUCCACCACUUGUAUCAUUGACGGUGCCACCGGCCGCAUCUUAACCUACGCCGAUGUACAAAUCAACAUGCAGAGGAUCGCUGCCGGAAUCCACAGGCUCGGGAUCCGCCACGGUGACGUCAUAAUGCUCCUUCUCCCGAACUCGCCGGAGUUUGCUUUAUCUUUCCUCGCAGUUGCUUACCUUGGAGCUGUCUCCACCACCGCGAAUCCAUUCUAUACGCAACCGGAAAUAGCAAAACAAGCAAAAGCCUCCGCCGCGAAGAUGAUCAUCACGAAGAAAUGUUUAAUAGAUAAACUAACAAACCUCAAACACGACGGCGUUUUGAUCGUUUGUGUAGACGAUGACGGUGACGGCGUUGUUUCGUCGACUGAUGAUGGUUGCGUGAGUUUUACGGAACUGACUCAUGCUGACGAAACAGAGCUUCCUAAACCUGAGAUCUCGCCGGAUGACACGGUGGCGAUGCCAUACUCCUCUGGGACAACGGGACUGCCAAAGGGAGUGAUGAUUACUCACAAGGGUUUAGUUACAAGCAUCGCUCAGAAAGUCGACGGAGAAAACCCUAACCUACACUUCACGGCCAAUGACGUCAUCCUCUGUUUUCUCCCAAUGUUUCACAUUUACGCUCUCGACGCAUUGAUGCUUUCGGCUAUGAGAACCGGUGCAGCGUUACUGAUCGUGCCUAGGUUCGAGUUGAAUCUGGUGAUGGAGCUGAUUCAAAGGUACAAAGUCACGGUGGUUCCGGUGGCUCCUCCGGUGGUUCUAGCAUUCGUUAAGUCCCCGGAGACGGAGAGAUACGACUUGAGCUCGGUGAGAAUGAUGCUAUCAGGUGCAGCUACAUUAAAGAAGGAGCUCGAAGACGCCGUGCGACUUAAGUUUCCUAAUGCCAUUUUUGGUCAGGGUUAUGGAAUGACCGAGUCCGGAACAGUAGCUAAGUCAUUAGCGUUUGCAAAGAACCCAUUUAAAACCAAGUCCGGUGCAUGUGGGACUGUGAUCAGAAACGCCGAGAUGAAAGUGGUCGAUACCAUAACCGGAAGCUCCUUACCGCGCAACAAAUCUGGUGAGAUCUGUGUCCGAGGGGAUCAGCUCAUGAAAGGUUAUUUGAAUGAUCCGGAAGCUACUGCGAGAACCAUUGAUAAAGAUGGGUGGUUACACACAGGAGAUAUUGGGUUUGUGGAUGAUGAUGAUGAAAUCUUUAUUGUUGAUCGGUUGAAGGAGCUGAUCAAAUUCAAAGGCUACCAAGUGGCUCCAGCUGAGCUUGAAGCAUUGCUUAUUUCUCAUCCUUCUAUUGACGAUGCCGCAGUUGUUGCAAUGAAGGAUGAAGUAGCUGAUGAGGUUCCAGUAGCAUUUGUAGUAAGAUCUGAAGGGUCUCAGUUAACUGAAGAUGAUGUCAAGAGUUAUGUAAACAAACAGGUGGUUCACUACAAGCGGAUCAAGACGGUGUUUUUCAUAGAAGCUAUACCGAAAGCAGUUUCGGGCAAGAUUCUGAGGAAGGAUCUCCGAGCUAAAUUGGAAACCGAGUGCUCUAAAUAGACAUGAGAGUUUCAAAUGUAUGUGUAAAUUCGAACAUUAAAGUCUCUAAGAAGUA